ACUGCACAAACUGUGGCGUUAAAAAGGGUGGUGGAAUAGAGGACAGAGCAGCUUCCUCGCGGGAAAGGAACUAGGGGCGGAAUGAACAACGCGCAUGCGCACUACAGGUCAAUGGCGAGCUACAGAACUGGCGGAAGCUAGCUUUCCAACAUGGCGGCCGAGAGAGAUCGGCUGCUCAAACGGGUGCUGGUGCCAAUUCUUUUACCUGAGAAAUGUUACGACCAACUUUUCGUCCAGUGGGAUUUACUUCAUGUUCCUUGCCUCAAGAUUCUCCUCAGCAAAGGCCUGGGGCUGGGCAUUGUGGCUGGGUCACUUCUCGUAAAGCUGCCCCAGGUAUUUAAAAUCCUGGGAGCCAAGAGUGCAGAAGGGCUGAGCCUCCAGUCUGUAAUUCUGGAGCUAGUGGCAUUAACUGGGACUGUGGUCUACAGCCUCACCAACAACUUCCCUUUCAGCUCUUGGGGUGAAGCCCUGUUCCUGAUGCUCCAGACAAUUACCAUCUGCUUCCUGAUUAUGCACUUCAGAGGACAGACUGUAAAAGGAGUUGCUUUCCUAGCCUGCUACGUGCUGAUCCUGCUGGUGCUGCUUUCACCACUUACACCACUGACUGUAGUCACCCUGCUCCAGGCUUCUAAUGUGCCUGCUGUGGUAGUGGGAAAGCUGCUCCAGGCAGCCGCGAACUACAGCAAUGGGCACACAGGUCAGCUCUCAGCUAUCACAGUUUUUCUGCUAUUUGGGGGCUCCCUGACCAGAAUCUUUACUUCCAUCCAGGAAACUGGAGACCCCCUCAUGGCUGGAGUCUUUGUGGUCUCUUCCCUCUGCAAUGGCCUCAUUGCUGCCCAGGUCCUCUUCUACUGGAACACAAAGCCUCCCCACAAGCAGAAAAAGGAGCAGUAGAGCUGAGCCAGCUACUGGAGUCACUCUGUUUCAUUUACCCACCCUCAGGGUCCUCCCUCCCCACGUGAGCCAGUGUGCUGGUGCCUUUUAGUCAUCCUCCACUGCUCAGCAGUUGCAACUUUCUGAGCCAGGGCCUGUUUUUAGUGGUAACUGGAAGUUGGUGGGCCCAGAUCCUUAGGAGAGGGCUAAAGUUUCAUCUCCUGUACCACAAAAAACAAAACAAAACACCAUUCCUAAGGCCUGUACGUGUGCUAUUCACUCAUUUCAUCAUUUGUCUUCUUUAGCAGCAGUUUCUAGCUAUUUCUGUACUGGGGCAAUGUCUUGUCCUCCCACCUCCCCACAGUUCUUCUGGUCUUAAGAGGACAAAGCCUGGACCAGGGAAUGGAGAGCACUCUGGGCUUGUAUCCCCUCCCCCUCAUUUAGGACUGCUGUCUCCUGGACCCCAGGGGUGGAGGUGGGGGAAAGGGGACUGCAUGACUCAGACAGGGCCCCAGGGUGGGGUGAGGAGGUUCCUGCUCUGGCAGGUCCAGGCGGAAGGGAGUGGAGAUGGUGCUGGUUCCUGUUGCAGUGAUGUGAACGAAGAUGGGGUGCAAUAAAGACACAAAACGCAUGGUUUCAUCAUA